AUGAAAUUAUUCCGUUUGAUGUACGAGACAGUGCGAGACAGCGAUCUCAAAGUGCGAAGGGCGGAACUAAUAAGACGCCAUUAUACAAAUUCAACGUCAUUUGAUUUAGGUUUUAUGAUCGGCGACAUUACAGACAAGUUUAAUAUAAUGACAGACAUAUCGUUGACUGUGAAGCGGCUGUACGACGACUGGCGGCCUAUGGAACAUAUCAAUGCGUACGAGCAGAUAGCCAAUAAGGCAAUCGAGAUCACCAACUUGAUAGAUAUGAUCAGGCUGAUGGAGAGGAAGAAUAAAGUGAGGGUCUAA